CGUCACACCAGCGAGCGUCCUUCCUGCACUGCUGUGAACCCCGCGUGUGGCGCUGUAUUUCCUCCUCUACUACACAGAUGAAGUCAGAAAUGACGGAUGACCUUGAUGUAGAUGCCAUGUUAGAAGCUCCAUUCAAGAAAGAGAUAACCUAUUCAGUCACUGUCUCCCACCCUCCAUGAUAAAACGGUCGUGAGCUCGAAUACUGUGCUCCCUCCAUCGCCAGAUGCUGGCGACGGCAAGCUCACUCCACCGAGGGAUCUCGCUCCUUACUCACUCCACUCAACACCAUCAUCAUAAAUUGACCACAAUAUUUAGUGUUUAUGUGUCAUGAUGAGGACAUUCAGUAAAACAGGUAUAAAUUCUUUAAAGAAAGUGCUAGUUAUGUGGUCAGUCUUAUUUUAUAAUCUUUUUAUUUAUUUAUUUAUUUUUAUUUUCCCCUCUUGUGCUGUGACUGGUGCAUGUGUUGUAUAUUGGUGCAAUAUAACUCCACAUUGCGUCAAGGCUCCAGUCUAAAGUUUGCGUUUUGCAGGCGGUCGUGCCUUGGUUGGACCCUACGGCUAGAGAGACAUCAGGACGCCACUUCAUCCUCAGUGGACGCCAAGCCUAAGGAAAAUGGACACACUUCUUCAAAAGACAGAAAAGAUAAAGAUAGAGACCGAGAAAGAGAUAGAGACAGAGACAAGGAGAAGGACAAAGACAGGGACAGAGACAGGAAAGACAAAGACAAAGAUAGAGAGAGAGACAGAGGUAAGGACAAGGACAGGGACAAAGAUAAGGACAGAGACAAAGACAAGGAUAAGGACAGGGACAAGGAAAGGAGGAGACGGUCUCGCAGCAAAUCUCGUGACCGUGACCGCAAAAAGAGAAGCAGGUCAAGAGAUCGCAAGAAAAAGUCCCGGUCACGCUCCAGAGACCGUGAGCGCAGAAGGAGAUCCCGUUCAAAGUCACGGGACCGGCGCCGCAAGUCACGCUCCAGGGAUCGUCGCCGCAGCAAGAGCAGGAGUCGUGACCGCCGCCGCAGGAGUCGUAGCCGUGACCGUAGAAGAAGUCGCAGCAGAGACCAUCGCCGCUCCAGAUCCAGAAGCAAAACCCCAAAACAGGAGUUGUCGGUGGAGGAGAGGGAUGCCCGGACUGUCUUCUGUAUGCAGUUGUCAUCCCGCAUCCGUUCCCGUGAUCUAGAAGAUUUCUUCUCAGUGGUUGGGAAGGUCAAUGAUGUCCGCAUCAUCACAGACACAAAAACUCGUAGAUCUAAGGGAAUCGCUUAUGUUGAAUUUUGUGACGUCGAGUCUGUGCCGUUGGCUCUAGGACUAUCAGGACAGAAGAUUCUUGGUGUGCCCAUAGUGUGUCAGCCAACUCAGGCUGAGAAGAAUCGUGCUGCAUCCUCAGCAGCUGCUCAGGAUCAGAAGGCAGCAUCAGGUCCUAUGAGGUUAUAUGUUGGAUCUCUGCACUUUAAUAUCACUGAAGACAUGCUGAGGGGAAUCUUUGAGCCUUUUGGGAAGAUUGAUCAUAUCCAGUUAAUAAUGGACUCCGAGACUGGACGGUCCAAAGGUUAUGGCUUUAUUACAUUCCACAAUUCGGAUGAUGCCAAGAAAGCACUUGAGCAGUUGAAUGGCUUUGAACUGGCCGGGCGUCCAAUGAAGGUGAACCAUGUCACUGAACGCUCCGAAACUCAGCAGGGUUCCUCACUCCUUGAUUCAGAUGAAAUGGAAAGGGCAGGCAUAGAUUUAGGUGCAACAGGCAGACUUCAAUUAAUGGCCAAGUUAGCAGAGGGCACGGGUCUUCAACUCCCUGCUGCAGCCGCGAAUGCCUUACACAUGCCUGCACAACCCCAGCAACAGCCUGCACCACCCAUUGCCACACAGUGUUUCCUGCUCUCCAACAUGUUUGAUCCUUCCACGGAGACAAAUCCAAAUUGGUCUGAUGAAAUUCGUGAUGAUGUCCUUGAAGAAUGCAACAAACAUGGAGGUGUUCUACAUAUAUUUGUAGACAGACAGUCAGCCCAGGGAAAUGUGUAUGUCAAGUGCCCUACUAUAGCCACUGCUGCCGCCUCUGUCAAUGCCCUACACGGGAGGUGGUUUGCUGGCAAGAUGAUAACGGCAGCCUACGUACCGGUGAUGAGUUAUCAUUCCCUCUUCCCAGAGGCCAUGACUGCUUCCCAACUUGUGUUUCCCCGAUGAAGAGCCUUCUCAGUUCACCUUUUGCUUAAAGUCAUGGCUUGGUUUGCAGUCAUCAGUUGUUAUGAUUGCAACAGUUUGUGUGAUUUUUUUUAUUUGUAUAUUUUUUUUAUUAUUUUUAUUUUAUUAUUAUUAUUAGUAUUUUUUUUUUUUUUUUUUUUUUUUUUUCAUUAUGUGUCAAUGCUGGUCAUUCUGAUCAUCUGGAGUUGCAUUUUGUUAUCCCCCAUAAAUCAUGUGGAAUGUUUUAACUUGUUAAAGAAUAGUUUUAGAGUGGAACUGUUAGAGUGGUGGAUGAUCCUGAGGAAAUAUGUCUGUAACAUUGUUUGGUGUACAACUACCUCCAAAUGAAAUUAUUACUACAUUACUGUUGUUAAUGGUUUUUUGGGGUGAUCUAAAUCUUAAGUUCAAAACUCAUAGUUCCAUUAACAUUGUCUUAUAAUGAAACACUCGGCAAAGACCAGGAAGGGAGUCAAGAGUAGUUCUUAGUCAAUAUGAUGCUAUUUUUGCAGAUGAUUAUCAUAGAUAUUUUUAAGUUGUGUGAGGAUACCACAUGCACAUUGUGAUUACUGGUCGAGUGUAUAUAUGUACAGCAGGUAUGAUAUUUGAUCCAUGCACUUCCAAGUCAUAAUAAUGUGUUUAUAUUAAUACAUAUUCUUGAGCAAA